GCCCUCGCGCUCCGACACGCGCGCGACGCCGCCGCUGACGAUAAACCGACUCGACGACGACGACCGGAGAGUCGUAUCCGGCCCGGAGCUCACAAGCCCCCCCGUCGUCGUACACUAGACGUGCCUCUCGUCGAGACGGAAUUUUUUUUUGAAAUUCGCACUCGCACACACUUACACACAUACACACGCACAAUUAUACGCACACACACACACAAGCGCCCAAGUAUAAAACGCGCGCGCCAAGUCGCCGCCGACGACGCUGUCGCGGGACCCGCACACUUUGCAUUCAUUAUUUCGGAUGAUUUCAUCUGUGGCGAUGUUACCAUCAAUCUUGGCGGUUGGAAUUUUUCUACAAACGCUCAUACCAGUGUUGUCCACUGUUAGCUGGGAAGAUUGGUGGACAUACGAUGGCAUAUCAGGACCGGCGUUCUGGGGCCUGAUUAAUCCCGAGUGGAGUCUUUGCAACAAAGGCCGACGACAGUCACCUGUAAACUUAGACCCAGAAAAAUUACUCUACGAUCCCAACUUGACUGAACUGCACGUGGACAGGCAACGGGUGGACGGCAUGAUAUGCAAUACCGGUCACAGCGUCAUGUUCUACCUGGAGAACGGCACCAAGAACCACAUAAACAUCACCGGUGGACCGCUGUCGUACAAAUAUCAAGUGUACGAGAUACACAUACACUACGGUCAGCAGGACGAAAUGGGCUCCGAACACUCGAUUAAUGGUUAUUCGUUUCCGGCAGAGCUUCAGAUAUUCAGUUUCAACUCGCAGCUGUUCGCCAACUACUCGGAUGCGGUGCAGAGAUCACACGGCAUCGUCGUUAUAUCGUUACUAUUACAGCUUGGAGAUUUAUCAAAUCCAGAAUUACGAAUACUCACUGAUCAUUUGGACAUGAUCAAAUAUAGUGGCGACGAAGUUCCUGUGAAGCGAUUGUCGGUCGCCGAUUUGUUGCCUGCCACUCAUUACUACAUGACGUACGACGGCUCCACUACGGUUCCAGCGUGUCACGAAACCGUUACCUGGUUAAUACUGAACAAACCAAUCUACAUCACUAAACAACAAUUGUACAGUCUGCGGAGCCUGAUGCAGGGCAGCAAGAAGAACCAAGGCAUGGCGCCGCUGGGCAACAAUUUCCGACCGCCUCAACCGCUGCACAAUCGACUGGUGCGCACCAAUAUCGAUUUCAACCUUAGAAAGGACGAUGAGAAAUACUGCCCAAGCAUGCACAAAGACGUAUACUACAAGGCCAACGACUGGAAACCGCACUAAUAACGUACCUGCGUAAACAGCACGACGCCGCCGUCGUCGUCGUCCGUCGAAACAACAACACCCUUCGUCGAACGACCCGAGCGACAUUCCAGUAUACAUACUAUGAUAUAAUAUUACUGUGUAAAAUAAAUUAUUUAAUUAAGUAUAAAAAUAACUGAGAAAAAAAAACGAAUGACUCGCCGAGUUUCGGUGAAAAAAACUAUAAAAAAUAACCGACUCUAAGACUCCCCGAGGACUCUCGCACUUAGCAUUCUCUUUCUUUCUCUCUCACACUAAUAUAUUUCUCUCUCUCUCUAUCUCUCCGACUCCCCGAACAGAUUAAUUUAGCUCGUGUCUCAUUCCGGUAUAGUCACACCACCGCACGAUAAUAAUGUUAUCCGUUCCGUCUUCAGUUCGUUUUCGUUUCGGCGACAGUCAUGAUAACUAAUAAUAACCGUAUGAAAUUUAUGAUAGCGUAUUAUAAUGUUUUAUUAUAAAGGGAAAAAAUCCCGAACUGCAAUGCUUGAAAAUCAGUACCACAAACAUUUCGUCUGCGUUCUACCGGAUCGUGCGAGAGCGGAUGAGGUACCUUAGGGUCGGAUUUUUUUUUUUGUUGCGUUUUUCCUAUUUUUUUUUUUUUUCAGGGAUAAUAGUUGUAUUAAUAAUAUAUACAUAUAUAUGUCUUCGGCUCGAUAUCGGGAGGUUCUUGGAAACAGAAUCUUUCGCAAUACGCGCGUUCCAAUAACUAUAAUGUUAUGGGAGUAAAACAAACGCACGCGAAAACCCUCGAACGAAACAAUAUACGUAGUGUAGCCAAUAAAAUAUAUAGUACCCACCUACUCUAUGCAUACACGCCGACGACUUACAUAAAAAUCGCUCUCAGUUUUUCUGACUUUUAUAGAUUUUGCAUUAGGACACGUUGUGUUUAUGGCACAUGAAAUGUUUUCCCGUAUAAUGUCGUUCGAAAUAUGUAUUCGUCAUUACGCGGAAUUUCUCGCUCGAAUCGUGUUUUUUACACUAAUCUCGGACGUCCAAGCAUAAUACAAAUCACACGUUGUAUACGCAAAACGUUUACGUUUACCUUUUUUAAAUAUUUUUGUUUAUUAUUAUUAUUAUUAUUAUUAUUACUACUACUACUCAAACGGCGCUGCACAGUUUUUCGCAAAAAACAUGUUAUUACGUGUCGGGUAUAAACUAAGCGUUUCAAUUUUUAACUCGUACGUUUAUUAAUCAAUAAUUAUUACAAUAUUAUAUCAGUAGAUGGAUUUAUUUUUUCAAAAAAUAUCGAACGCUUGUUUUGAAAAAUCACGUUAAUCUUACAAUCCGCGCGACUUAAUAUAUAAUAUUAUUUUAGUAAAAUUAUAUAACAUAAUAUUAUUACAAUAUCGUAUAUUCGUAAAACUAUUUAGAUAAUAAAUAAUCUCACACGUCACAGUAUAACGGUAUGUGUUCAUUAUAAUCAUGUUCAUAGUUGCUGUUCUCGACGUACGUACAUAUUGUACAUAUUUAAUAACAGUAACAUAAAAAAAAAUUCCAACGGACUUGAACCAACUUCUAUAUUCUAACUCAUUUACGGAUUUCUACGAUAUUUUAGAGCCUGUUGAUAUCGAGCUGAUUUUGCACUGCGUUUAAAAAAAAAAA